CCGCCUCCCCUGCUUUUUUGGGCUCCGCCACCUGCCACUGCGCGUUAGGCGGGGGAGGAGUCGGAGGCGGAGAAGAAGGCGGUGGUGGCGGGUGGAGGAUCGAGCGCUGUUCUCGCUCCGGAGCCGCUGCACAGUUCGUCUCCCCGCGUAGAGCUGGUGCAUCUUACGCCAUAGGCCUGCGGCCCGCUCUCCCGAGGAACCGUCCGUCGCCCUCGCUGUGCUGUCUGUGUGUGCGUUUUCCCGAGCUCACCCGAGGCCCGGGCACGCAGUCGCGCUGGGCCCGAUCGGAGCCCCAUUUCCUCAGUGCUUCUCCCCCUAACGAUGCCAGGUCAGGGCCCGCUCUGGCAGUCAGCCUCAGCUGUGGCCUCCCAGAGAUUGCUGCUGCACAUCAUUUUGCGCACAUUCAAAAUGGAAUCUUCUGCAGCUUUAUUGUGUGAGUAAAAACUAAGUCACAUCCAAAAUUCCAUUGAACUGGGCACACAAAAACUGUCAUAUAUGUCACAGUUUACUGAAAAAGAGCCAGCAGCAAUGGAUCAAGAAUCCAACAAGGCUGCCUGGCCCAAACCAGCGGGAGGAUAUCAGACAAUCACAGGCAGGAGAUAUGGAAGAAGACAUGCCUAUGUCAGUUUUAAACCUUGUAUGACAAGGCAUGAAAGAAGCUUAGGUCGAGCUGGUGAUGACUAUGAAGUGUUGGAACUAGAUGAUGUUCCAAAGGAAAAUUCCUCAGGUUCCAGUCCAUUGGAUCAAGUUCAAUCUUCUUUACCCAACAAUCCUUUAUUUGAAAAAAGUGAAACAGAAAUUCCCAUUUGUGAUACAGCAUUGAAUCAGACCAUUGAGAGCAGUCCAUCCUUUGCUGCAGUACAACAUAGUGGGGAAGGCAGGGAGACCUUAGGAAGCAGUACAAAUCUUCAUAAUAACUCUGAGGGAGAAUAUACUCCAGCAGCCUGUAAUGCCUCAAGUGUCCAAAAUGGAAUUGCAUUGGUUCAUACUGACUCUCAUGAUCCAGAUGGCAGACAUGGAGAGGAGGAUAAUGACCGUCUUCAGCCUUCUUCAGAAGUUGUGGAAGGUGGUAGAUAUCAGGAAGCUUUGGGCAGUACAAUAUUUGAGUUGGAAAAUGGAGAGGUAGAGGCAAAUACAGGUCUUUUACCACCAGUUCCCGCUCUUAGCUGUGAAAAACGAGAUGAUUUUGAAGAGUUUGAUUCAGCUCCUUUAGUGAAAAGUUCUACUGGUGACAUUGUCAGUCAAACCAACCAGGAAUUUCGGAGGUCCUCCUCUGAAGAGGAGAUUAUUAGAAAGAAAGAACAAAAUAAUACUAGCCAGGAGAGAAAGAGAGAAAAUUCAACUGAAGAUACAGCCUGUGCUCUGGGGCAUAUUUGCAGUGAACAAAAUACCAGAGAUAGGGACAACAAGCAGGGAAGUUCUCCUGAACAGGUAGUGAGGCCUAAAGUUAGAAAACUGGUAAGUUCAAGCCAGGUGAACCAAGAAUCAGGUUUUAAUAGGCAUGAGGCUAAGCAAAGAAGUGUUCAGAGGUGGAGGGAGGCUUUGGAAGUUGAGGAAAAUGGCUCAGAUGACCUCUUGAUAAAAUGUGAUGACUACGAUGGAGAACAUGAUUGUAUGUUCUUGGAUCUACCUUUUGCACGAGUUACACAGAGUGAAACAGAAAAUAACCAAAUAACAUCAGAAAGUGGAGCCACAGCAGGAAGGCAAGGAGUUAUGGAUAACACCUUUUGGAAUGGCUGUGGAGAUUAUUAUCAACUGUAUGACAAAGAUGAAGACAGUUCAGAGUGCAGUGAUGGAGAAUGGUCUGCUUCUUUGCCUCAUCGAUUUUCUGGUACAGAAAAAGAUCAGUCCUCAAGUGAUGAAAGUUGGGAGACUCUACCAGGAAAAGAUGAAAAUGAACCUGGACUACACAGUGAUAGCAGUAGUCCUGAAGAAAACCAAGAAUUAUCUCUUCAGGAAGGGGAACAGACAUCCUUGGAAGAGGGAGAAAUUCCUUGGUUGCAGUACAAUGAAGUCAAUGAAAGCAGCAGUGAUGAGGGAAAUGAGCAGGCUAAUGAAUUUGCACAGCCAGAGGCUUUCAUGUUGGAUGGUAACAAUAACCUUGAGGAUGACUCCAGUGUGAGUGAAGAUUUAGAUGUGGACUGGAGUCUGUUUGAUGGCUUUGCGGAUGGAUUAGGAGUUGCUGAAGCUAUUUCUUAUGUGGAUCCUCAGUUCCUCACCUAUAUGGCACUAGAAGAACGCUUAGCCCAGGCUAUGGAGACUGCCCUGGCACAUUUAGAGUCUCUUGCAGUAGAUGUUGAGGUAGCCAAUCCACCAGCCAGUAAGGAGAGCAUUGAUGGUCUUCCAGAGACACUUGUUCUUGAAGAUCACACUGCUAUUGGUCAGGAGCAGUGCUGUCCAAUCUGUUGUAGUGAGUAUAUCAAAGAUGAUAUAGCAACAGAGUUACCUUGCCACCAUUUCUUUCACAAACCUUGUGUCUCAAUUUGGCUGCAGAAGUCAGGAACAUGCCCUGUGUGCCGUCGUCAUUUCCCACCUGCAGUUAUUGAAGCAUCUGCAGCUGCUUCCUCUGAGCCUGGUCACGAUGCCCCACCUUCAAAUGACAGUACUGCAGACGCUCCUUAAACCUUAACACUUGAAUGAGAUCAUUCUAUAAAGAGAAAAGAAGAUCCUGACCUCAGAUUUACCCUCUAAAAGAGUUUUCUGUUCAAAAGCUUCUACAAAAGUAAGGAAGUCAGCUUUCCUUAUUCUUUUUAUGGGAAAUUGACCUACAAGGCCAUCUUUGUAAUUACAUAACCCCCAACGAAGACUGCACAGCUUUCUGCUUAGGUGAUCUCACCCAAUAGACAAUUAUGUAUAAACAUGGAUGCAAUAUUUAACUUACGGAUAUGAUUUGAUAUCAAACACCAGAGAAUGAUGGCUGUUAGAAUACCAUAUUUGAGCAAGUAAAAUAGUAAAGCACAUAGUGAGUGUACAUCCAUUUGAGUAGAAAAUUUAUAAUUUAGUUUGGACAUAUAAAAGGAAUAUUUAUGUGGCUUCCCAAAUGCAAAAUUACAUUUAUAUGUAUAAUUUCUCUGAGUAUUUAUAUUCCAUCUCUUUUCUUCAUUCUUAAAAAUAAGUGAAUUUUCACUGUUGUCACAUUUGAGGCUUAAAUAUAAGGACUAUAACACUUGCAUUCUAAUUUUUGCAUAUAUUGUAAAUGUGUCUGGUAUUUACAGCAAAUACUGUGUAUCCUUUUAUGAGUAAAACAAACUGAACAUUGCAUGUAUGUGAUGUGGUGACUUUGUAACUUAGGGGUUCUUUGGGGCUUCUGUGACUUUGGAAAUGCUUACAUUCAGGCCUUAAUGUUGCAUUAGCUGGCAUGUUUUCCUUCUGAUGUACAUAGUCUCUGUUGUAUAAACUAAUCUUUGCUUGUUUUCUACUCUGUGAUCUUUCCACACCAUAUUUCAUUGAUCAGUUAGUGUCAAGGAGUCAAAUCAGAUUAAAAUUAAUUCUCAUGUGUAUAUUGUGAAAAUUUGUGACUAGUAUGAUUUUGUUUGUUUCUUUUUUGGUUUCCAGAAACUUGUGGCUAGUGUUUUUUUAUGUUGUUGUUUUUCCCUUUAAGUAAUAUUGAUCAGUUACUGGUUAAACUGACUGCUACAGAUUUCUCUUUAAUAAGCCACACGUUAUAUUUAGGCAGUAUUAAGGGAGCUUGGUUUUCUUCUCCUAGAUAGCAGUUGUCCCAAAGAAUAUAUUUCUUCUUUGCCUGUUAAGAUUUAGCUAUUAUCUGCCAGUUGUUAGGCGGUUUUGGUUCCAAACUCAACCAGCAGCGUUGAGAGCUGAACUUAAGAUAGCUGUUGUACUUUUUGCUUUCCAUCUGUUUCUGUCCUUCAUUCUUGGCUCUCUGUUAUCUAUAAACAGCUGCUAUGAAGGAAGAAAGUUAAAUAAGAGUUGGAUUAUAAAAAUUUUUUAAAAGAAAAUUGAGGUUUUAGGUAUUUUCAUUGUAACAAGCUGAUAAAAGCUGAGGCUGACAAGUUCAGACACCAGAAUAUUGUUUAAUCAGAUUUUGGAUCCUUUUGAAAAAGUUAAGACUACAUGAAGGUAAAUUAGAAAUAAGUAUAAAUAAUAAAAAUGUUUUUUCCCUUAUUUCUCUAUUAUAUGUUAAGUUACUUGACCUAAUAAUUUUUCUUUUACAUUUUCUUCUUGUAAUAUAAAUGCUGAUAUUUAAAGAUAGAUCCAUAUGGUUUUCUUCUGUGUUGCUUAAUUGUUUAUCUGUAAGCUAACUAACUCUCAAGAUUAUUUGUGAUCUGGAUUUAUAUAUAAGCUGUUAAAUAUGUAUGAACUGUUCAAAUGGAAUGCAAGUUUUUCAAAAGCCCAGGUCUAAAUGUAAUGAUUGGUUUAUUGUUCUACAACUCCACUCUAUCAUUUUCUGUAAAUCAUAAACAAUAAACAGGAUAUACUCAGUGGUCA